AUGCAUAUUCUAGUUGUCAACGACGACGGGCCCCCUUCGCGGGAUACAUCCCCGUACGUGCAUUCCCUGGUUCACGAACUCCAAUCCCAAGGACACAUCGUGACUGUGGUCUUGCCAAACCAGCAACGUUCCUGGAUCGGAAAAGCCCACUUCGUCGGGGAGGUGGUCAAGGCGACGUAUUUCUCCCCUGGCGAACUGUUCCAGUUCGAAGGCACCGAGCACCAAAACCCUCCGGGACUAUCCGAAGGUACCAACAACAGCAGCAGCAUUGGGGUGCAAAAUCAACGUCCAUGGAUGCUCGUCAAUUCGACCCCCGCUGGUUGUGUGCAGAUCGGGCUGCAUCACUAUCACCCUUACCAGCAGGAGGGCAAGCCUAUCCCGAUCGACCUGGUGGUAUCAGGCCCCAACCUCGGAGCGAACGCAACAGCUCUGUUCUCCCUCUCCAGUGGCACAAUCGGCGGGGCCAUGGAGGCCGUCCUCUGGGACGACGGCGUAGAACUCUACUCCGUGAACAUACCGCUGCGAUCUGUUCCCAGCGGAGACAGGAAGGUCGUGUAUACUCGGAUCCGACCGAACCGUUGGCUGGCAGCCAGUCCGUUUCAAGUCCUUCCGCUGUCGGGAGAUACGACUACGCAGAACGCGGAUUCGCCGCUGCUACUGCGAUGGGCGCCAGACCUAUCAGAUAUCCACGGAAGUAUGGACCGCACCUCGGAUGCAGAUGAUGACUGGGCAGUACGUGAAGGAAAGACCAGUGUGACUCCGUUGAAAGCGAACUUCAUGCAUGCUGCCCAGUGCGAAGGCGAGAUCCACCUAGGGUAA